AUGGCCGCCGAGCGCAGAAUCAAGUCGCUCAAGUUAAGAUUACGCAGCAUUGAAACAUCCUUCAGCCUAAUAAGGGUGUUCGUCGAUAAUUUCCGAGAAGAUACCCAGUCUAUUGAAGUUCCGGUUCGGCUGGAGAAUCUCGGAGUCCUAUGGGCGGACUUCUGCAAAACUCAGGCUGAGUUGGAGGCCGCUGAAGUUGACGAUCCGGAAGUCAUCGAUCUUCAACUCAAGCAGCGUGCUCAAUUUGAAACGGAAUAUUACCGUGUCAAAGGAUUUUUGCUUUCCGUCAAUAAAAAUAACUCGGCACCAUGCAUCCAAUCUUCUCAGUCCAGUGCGCACUUCCCUGCGUCGUCUCAAAUUCGAUUACCCGACGUUAAACUGCCCGUAUUCAACGGAACGCUCGAGCAUUGGCUUAACUUCCACGACCUGUUCAUUUCUUUAGUGCAUUCUUCCAGUGAAUUGUCUAACAUACAAAAGUUUUACUAUUUGCGAUCCUCCCUGGCUGGAGAUGCACUAAAGCUCAUUCAAACAAUCGGGCUCAGCGCUAACAACUAUCCUGUUGCCUGGAAUCUGCUCGUGGAACACUUCCAAAAUCCAUCACGUCUCAAGCAAGCGUACAUCGAUUCCCUUUUUGAGUUUACGCCAUUGAAGCGAGAAUCAGCAACCGAUCUUCAUUCCCUAGUAGAAAAAUUCGAAGCCAACGUCCGAAUUCUGAAGCAACUGGGUGAACGAACUGAGUAUUGGGAUGUUCUUCUUAUUCGCAUGCUGAGUAUUCGACUUGAUGCUAAAACACGAAGAGAUUGGGAAGAAUUUGCAUCAACUCAUGAAGCAACCACGUUUCCGGAUUUGGUCUUGUUUCUCCAAAGAAGGGUUACGGUUCUGCAGAGCGUCAGCAAUGUUAAUCUGGACACUCCGUCCAUCCCUGCGUCGAAAAAACCAGUAUAUCGAGCGGCAGUUGUCAGCAAUCAGUUGUCAGCCACUACCACUCAAGUUUCGUUUCGUCAAUGCCAUGCCUGUUCUGAACAUCAUCCUCUCUACCAAUGCUCUGUGUUUUCGAAAAUGACCACCGAGGACAAGGAGAAGCUCGUGCGUCGCCAGCAGCUGUGUCGUAACUGCCUACGAAAGGGUCAUCAAGCCAGAACCUGUCAGUCCAAAAACACCUGCCGUAAAUGUAGAGGGAAGCACCAUAGCCAACUUUGCAGCCAGGACUCCGUUCAAGCUGAAUCUAACCGAUCGAAAACUGAUCUCAACGCCCCCAAGGAUCCCAUUCCCACCGGUGACGAAUGUUCUUCAUCAUUGUCCGCGGCAGUUCAACGGUCUCCCAGUGGAUUUCGCUCUCACAAGGUACUUCUCGCAACGGCCGUGAUUAAUCUUGUUGAUGAUCGUGGCAAUACUCAUCCAGCUAGAGCACUUCUCGACUCUGGAAGCGAGUGCAGUUUUAUCACCGAAGCACUCUCUCAAAAACUCAAGGUUCAACGCAACAAGGUUCAUCUAGCGAUCUCUGGCAUUGGCCAGUCAUCCGUUCAAGCUCGCUGUAAACUUCGGGCCACCGUGCAUUCCCGAAUUACAGAAUUCUCUACUGUUGUCGAACUGUUUGUGUUACCAAAACUUACCCUGAACUUACCAUCCACGACAUUAAAUAUUUCCAAAUGGAACGUGCCAAAGGGAAUUCGAUUAGCGGACCCAGUUUUCUACGAAAGCCAUCAUAUCGAUGUCGUUCUGGGGGCCGAUAUCUUUUUCGAACUAUUCAAAACUUCCGGAAGAGUACCUCUCGGAGAUUCUCUUCCUACUCUAGUGAAUUCCGUUCUUGGUUGGGUAGUAUCCGGAAAGGUAUCGAAUUACAAUAAUGUUAGCACCGUAGCCUCCAAUGUCGCAACUGUCGCAGACGUGUACCGCUUAAUGCAACGUUUUUGGGCCAUCGAAGAGGACGAUUCAGCUUCCUGUUUGUCGGUUGAAGAGGCUGCUUGCGAAAAUCACUUCCACCGAACAGUUCGACGUAAUUCCGAAGGCCGAUACAUAGUACGACUUCCUUUGAAAGAGGCCGAUUCCAGAAUUGGUGACAAUCGCAGCAUUGCCCUUCGUCGGUUCCACAUGCUUGAGGCUCGCUUGCAACAGAGUAGUGAUCUACGGUCUCAAUAUCAGGACUUCAUGGCGGAAUACCUAGCCCUUGGACACAUGCGGCGUGUAGACGAAGUUUUGCACUCCAAUCCACAAUACUAUCUGCCUCAUCAUGCCGUGAUUCGUGCUGACAGCGCCACUACCAAGGUGCGAGUCGUGUUUGACGCGUCUUGCAAGUCCUCGACAGGAAAAUCCCUCAAUGACGCGCUUAUGGUCGGGCCAGUUAUACAGGAUGAUCUACGAGCCAUAAUAUUGAGAACCCGAAUCAACCCAGUGUUACUAAUCGCUGACAUCAAACAAAUGUACCGCCAAAUCCUGGUUGACGAACGAGAUACUCCGCUCCAACGAAUUCUCUGGCGUAAUUCUCCCGACAAAUCCAUCGGCACAUUCGAGCUAAAAACUGUCACCUAUGGCACUGCUAGUGCACCUUUCCUUGCUACCAGAACACUUCAGCAACUUGCCGACGAUGAAAAACUGCAUUUCCCGGAAGGCUCAAAGGUUUUGAGGAAGGACGUGUACGUGGACGAUUUGGUAACCAGCGGAAGCUCUCCUGAUGAAGUUACUAAAAUUCGAAAUCAACUGGAUCAACUGUGCAAACGUGGAGGUUUUGAAUUCCGGAAAUUCGCAUCGAAUGUCGAAGCAGUUCUUGACGGCAUCUCUCCGGAAAGACGUGCUCUUCAAUCUUCAGUCGAGUUGGCGGCUGAUCAAUGUAUCAAAACUCUCGGGUUGCACUGGGAACCAUCGACGGACAAUUUACGUUUUCGAAUCCAGGUACCUGAUGAACCCCACAACACGGUAAUGAGCAAACGAAUAGCCCUUUCACAGAUCGCUCAGCUAUUCGAUCCCUUGGGUUUGGUCGGUCCAGUCAUCGUCACUGCAAAAAUUUUCAUGCAGACUCUGUGGAGUCUUAAUUCGGAUGACGGUAAACCCUGGGGAUGGGACCAGCCACUGCCUCCCUCUCUCGCAAGUUAUUGGGAGAACUACACUUCGCAACUAUCAUCCCUUAGCCAGCUACGAAUUCCACGUUGUAUCGUAGUAUCAAAUUUCGAAACUGUUCAAUUGCACUUGUUCUCUGAUGCUUCCGAGCAAGCUUACGGUGCGUGCGCUUAUUUUCGGUCGACCGACACAGCAGGCAACAUUGCAGUUGGUCUGCUAACCGCAAAAUCAAAAGUGGCUCCCUUAAAAAAGCGCAGCAUACCCCGACUGGAGCUCUGCGGAGCACUCGAGGCUGCCCAACUGAGCAAAAAGAUCUCCUUCGCCUUCGGGAAAACUUUUCCAACCUUUUUCUGGGUCGAUUCCACUACCGUUCUAGCCUGGCUAAGGUCAACUCCAUCCAAUUGGACCACAUUCGUUGCUAACCGGGUUUCCAAGAUUCAACUCGCAACUGAAGGAUCGACCUGGAAUCACGUAGCCGGUCAGCAGAAUCCAGCUGACCACAUAUCUCGAGGCAUUGAUGCAGAUACGCUUCUCGCUUGUGACUUGUGGUGGCAAGGUCCUGAAUGGCUCCGAUCAGACCAAAGUUUUUGGCCAACAUCAUCAUCGAAUCACACCUUCGAUACCCAAUUGGAGUAUCGAACAGCAAAAUCCACAGUUUUAACAGCCACAAUCGAACCUACAUUCAUUGACGCUUAUGUGGCACGGUUUUCCAAAUUUCAAACCAUGCUGCGCGUAACAGCGUUUUGCCUGCGCUUUUCUCUAACUCGUCGGAGUCCACGGAACUCCCGAACAUUCCAGCCAUUCCUCACUUCGGACGAAAUUCGCGAUGCUGAGCAUGUCCUCAUCCGGUUAGUACAAGCCCAGGAGUUCUCCGACUACGUCGCAGCCCUCGAAGCAUCAAAACCAACUCCCGUCAAAUCUCGACUGAGAUGGUUCACUCCGUUUUUGGAUUCCAGCCACCUCAUGCGCAUAGGAGGGCGCAUCGACAGAUCAUCGUUGACCUACGACGCCAAGCAUCAAAUUCUACUCCCUUAUCAGCAUCGCUUCUCCAUCUUGCUCGUCGAAUGCUACCAUGAGAGGCAUUUGCAUGCAGCACCGCAAUUGCUUCUGGGAAUCCUGCGCCUCCGGUACUGGAUCAUAGGGGCCAGGAAUCUGGCCAAAACUGUCGUCCACCGCUGCGUUAUUUGCGUCCGAGCUCGCCCUAAAUUGGUGGAACAAUUUAUGGCCGAGCUACCAAGGGAGCGCAUAACUGCCACCCGACCAUUCACGAAAACAGGCGUCGACUACUGGGGCCCGAUUCUGCUUAAGCCUCCCCAACGUCGCGCAGCCCCAACCAAAGCGUUCGUAGCAAUCUUCGUGUGCUUCAGCACAAAAGCUGUCCACAUCGAGCUUGUAUUCGAUUUGACAACAGCAAAAUUUCUUCAAGCCUUGAGACGCUUCGUUUCUCGUCGGGGUCCACCCUCCGACAUGUACAGUGAUAACGGUAGAAAUUUCCUUGGGGCAAGAAAUGAGCUAAAACGGUUGCUCAAGAAUCCAGAAUACACCAACACGGUAGCAGCCGAAUGUACUGAUUUGAACAUCCGCUGGCACUUCAAUCCUCCGAGGGCAUCCCAUUUUGGAGGGCUGUGGGAAUCAGCAAUUAAUUCAGCUCAAAAGCAUUUUUUGCGCGUGGUCCGCGAUCGUCCGCUAGCGUACGAUGACAUGGACACCUUAUUGUGUCAAAUAGAAUGCUGUUUGAACUCUCGGCCAAUCGUUCCUCUAAGCGAUGAUCCUACCGACUAUGAACCACUUACACCGGGACACUUUUUGGUCGGCACUGCUCUUAAAUCUGUUCCGGAUGAAAAUCAUGCUGAAGUUCCGUUCAACUAUCUCCGAAAGUGGCAGCAAACACAAAAAUUGUUCCAAGAUAUUUGGCGGAGGUGGCACCUGGAAUAUUUAGCUACGUUAGAACCAAGGGCUAGAUGGUGCAACUCACCUGUGUCGAUACAACAAAAUCAAUUGGUGCUUCUCAAGGACGAUGCAACUCCUCCGAUUCGCUGGCCGACUGCUAGGGUAGCAGAAAUUCAUCCGGGAAAAGAUGGCAUCACCAGGGUGGUCACUCUCCAGACUCCUAAGGGCUACUGCACAAGACCGGUGGCUAAAAUUUGUCUGUUGCCGAUUGCAUCAACGCCUGAUGAAUCAAAACCAACAGCAGGAGCCGAACAAUCAACACCAGACAAAAAUUUCGAAGGAAUUCAACCUGAUCCCGACUGCAGCAGUAAACUAUAA